GGGGUGGGAGCGGUGCCGGAGGUGAGGCGGCUCGAACCGGCCCGGGCAGGGAUGAAGGAGGGUGGCUGGCUUGGGACGUGCCGGGCUUGACGAGCGCCUCGAGCCUCCGGAGCUAUUUUGAGGUCCUCCCGGGCCUCUCCUUUUUAGGGAGACCCGCGUUCAGUAUCGGAAGCCUCGAGGUUUGGCAGCCGAACCGGACCGAGAGGGCAGGGCCAGGUGCCUCUCAUUGCCCUAGGAAGCUCUUGCGUUGGCUCGCGGUUAGAAGGAGCUUUAUUCCUGGCCGCCUGCGGGGCCAGCCCGCUCCCGGGACGUUUCCCAUCAUGGUGAACGAGAAGCGCAAUGGCAACCUGCUCAUUGCCCUGGGACCCCAGCUGCAGGCCUACCCGGAGGAGCUGCUCCGUCAGCGGCGAGGCCAGGACGGGCAGCCUGAGUACCUGAUCCAGUGGCGUAUCGUCAGCUUGGAAGAGAGAGCAGUGGGAGGCAGCAGUGUCUCCUCUGCAGGGACCAAGCCGAAGAACAUCCUGAUGUGGAUGUCUGCAGAAGAGGUCUGUGCCAGCUGCCCGGCGCUGCUGGGCAAGAGGAAGCUGGAAGGGCAGUGGGGGAAAGAGGAGAAGGCAGCCGGCCCGUUUGCUGCAGAUGUCCCGCUGGAUGAAGCCUCUCUGCUGGAGAUGAAGGCUGAUGUCAGGAGCCUGGUGCAGCGAGCUGGGCGUCAGAUGGCCGAGACCGGGGCCCCCGAGUCCUCCAUCCUCAACACCAUCCACGUGCUGAGUGCAUACGCUGGCAUUGACUCUCUGGCGGGUGCCUUCAGGGAGACGGGAGCCCUCGUGCUGCUGAUGAAGAUGCUGUGCCACAAGGAGAAGCAAAUCCGCCACAGUGCUGGCAAGAUGCUGAGGGCCCUGGCUUCCCAUGAUGCAGGGAGCUGGGCCUAUGUCCUGCUGUCCCUGAGCCAGCAGGAUGGCAUUGAGCAGCACAUGGACUUUGACAGUUGUUACACCUUGCUGGAGCUGUUUGCUGAGACAACAUCCUCUGAAGAGCACUGCAUGUCCUUUGAGGGGAUUCACCUUCCCCAGGUCCCAGGGAGGCUGCUGUUCGUCCUGGUGAAGCGCUACCUGUGUGUGACUUCUCUGACAAACAAGCUCAGCACUGGUGUGGAGCAGGGAGGAGAGCAGGAGGACUGCGCUGUGCCCAGCCCCCUCUCUGAGGAGAAGAGUGGUGUGAAGCAGGAGUUUGAGUUCAGCAUGGCCAUGGCAAGCCUCAUCUUGGAGCUGGUGCAUGUGAUGGGCUGGGACCACAGCCACAAGCCAGAGCGGCUGCCCAAACAGGAGCUGCAGCCUCGCACCACCCGCUCCAUCUUCCAGCACAAGGCCACAUCCUGCACGCCUGCUCAAGCGGCCCUGACUCCUCCACCAAAAGAGCCCAGGAUCUUCAAGACCCGCUCAGCAUUCCCAAGCUGCAGCAGCUACGUGGAGUACGUGCAGACCCACCUGGUGCGUGGCAUGCGGGUGCGCAUGCUGGAGGACUACGAGCAGGUCAGCGCAGGGGACGAGGGGGACUUCUGCCAGAGCAACGACGGCAUCCUGCCCGUGCAGGUGUACUGGCAGUCCCUGGGCUGUACUUACUGGGUUCACUGGCACAUGCUGGAGAUCAUUGGCCCGCCAGGACAAGAGAAGCGCGAGGGCUGGGAGAAGGUGUCUACCCUGACUCACAACCACAAGAUAGCAAGAGUUACACAGCCGUUUGUCUGCAAGCCCUUUGGGGGUCUGUACUCCCUGCCUUACCUGGGGGAGCAUCCAAGCAAGGCUGCAGAGGCCCUGAGUCGUACCGAGUGGUGGGAGCUGCUCUUCUUUGUGCGGAAGCUGGAAGCACGGCAGCAGAAGGAAAUCACCUGUCUCAUCCAGCAGGACCAUGGGGAGCAGCUGUCAGAGAUGGAUGAAGAAGCCCUGAUCCAGCUGUCAGUACCCGUGGAGCUGGCCCAGAAAGUCCUGCAGAUGUUGGAGAGGUGGUGUCAGGGCAGCACUCAGCGUGACCUGCGUGGCUCCCGCAUCUAUGCCAAAUACUUCCUCAGCAAGAGGGCUGAGCAGGGUGGUGGGGGGAGCACUGCAGUGUCCUCGGAGGGUGCCAGCUGCAGGAGCACUGGCUCUGAAGCCACAAGAGCCAAGCCAGGAAAGGAAGAGGUUUCAGCAGCCACAGUGCCGCCUGGAGCCCCCACUGCAGCAGCAAAGUCAGAUUCAGAGCUGUUCAGAGAGCUCCUUGAGAGGGAAGGGCUGUUCUUCCCAGAGGUGACUGAGGAGCAGAUCAGAGUGCUGGGCAGCUCUGAGGAGGUGAGUGAGAGGGGCUCGCUGGCCAAGAUUGCAGCCGUGGUGGACAUGAUCCAGAGCAGCACCUCAGAGGUGGGUCUGCGCUUAGCUGGGCUCAAGCACAUCUUGAAGAUCCUGGAGGAGGAGCCUGAGCCCAAGCAGCAAGUCGGCAAAGCCCGGGGCGAGCUGGGGCCCAGGAGUUGUGGGGAGAAGCUGGUGAAGGUGGCAGUGGAGCUGCUGAGCACUGGGGUGGCAGAGAAGGCCCUGGUGGUGGUGGUGCUGCGGCUGCUGGCUGUGCUCAUGGCGAAGGACGACCAGCGCCUGCACUUUGCCACAGAGGGUGGUGUGCGGGCUGUGCUGGCCUCCAUGCAGCAGCACAGCUCCUCUGCCCUGGUGCAGCAGGCUGGCCUGGCAGCCCUGAGGGUGCUGGUGGGAGCCGUGGCCGGCAAGCCAGGAAGUGCCGGAGGGGAACCCUCACCCCUGAACCACGCCGAUGCGCAGAUGAUGCGGGAGAUCUUUGCCAGCAUCGGCUCUGCCUCCAGCAAGGGCUCGGCAAGCCUGCUGAGUGCCAUCCCUGCUGCCAUUGUCACCAUGCAGAGGGUCCCAGGGGGCUCCUCAGGCGUGCGGAACGGCUUGCUGGUGGUGAACAUGCUGAUCGACGGCCACCGGGGCCUGGCUGAGCAGCUGGUGAGCUGCGGUCUCCCCAAGGUGCUGCAGAGCUGCUGGUGGGACGGACAGAGCACCGACUGCCCUCACACGAUGCUGGCCCUCAGCGUGACCAGCCGCCUGGCGGAGCACCGGCCACCCCUGGGCCCGGAGAUGGCAGGUGGAGAGGCCCCGCUGGACCUGAGGGAUGUGCAGAUGGUUCUGGGCAGCCUGGGGGAUGGCAUCUUGCCCAAGGAGGUGGUGGUGGCCCUGGAGCGACAGCUCUGCAGUGAAGGCCCUGACCCCUCUGACGAGGCAGCCCAGCUGCUGCGGGACCCAAGGUGCUUCAGGCUGUUGCUGCACAGCUUGGAGGUGCUGGGGGCAGAGAAGGCCAUGAGCCUCAGCAUCCUCAGGAUCCUGAACAAGUUCCUGGAGGGCUACGAGGAGGAUGUGCUGCCCUGGAACGAGUGUGUGGAGCCCUGUUUGUCCUCACUGAGUGCCCACAACAGUGACCGGGAGGUGGUGCAGGAGGUCGUUGGGUUCCUGCAUCGCUUGGCCACCGCCAGCAAGGACUGCGCAGUGGUGAUGUGCCAGGUGGGCACCCGCGAGGCCCUCUCCAAAGCUCUGGAAAAGCACAGCACGGCCCCGUCGCUGGCACCAGCCCUGCUCAACCUGGUGACUGAGUGUGAGAAGUACGCCAGUCUCUACAAGAAGCUGAUGACCAGCAUCUUGGCUGGCUGCAUCCAGCUGGUUCUGGGGCAGAUUGAGGAGCACCGCCGGAGCUACCAGCCCAUCAGCAUCCCCUUCUUUGACGUCUUUCUGCGCAACCUUUGCCGAGGCUCCAGCGUGGAGGUGAAGGAGGACAAGUGCUGGGAGAAGGUGCAGGUCUCCUCCAACCCCCACCGGGCCAGCAAGCUCACAGACAGGAACCCCAAAACCUACUGGGAGUCAAAUGGCAGCACCGGCUCCCAUUUCAUCACUGUCCACAUGCAGUGUGGCGUGGUGGUCAGGGAGAUGAGCAUGCUGGUGGCCAGCGAGGACUCCAGCUACAUGCCAGCUCGUGUUGUGGUGCUGGGGGGAGACAGCCUUGCCACCAUCAGAACUGAGCUCAAUGCGGUGACCAUCCUGCCCUCAGACAGCAGAGUGAUCCUGCUGGAGAACAUGACCCGCUUCUGGCGUGUCAUCCAGAUCCGGGUGAAGCGGUGCCAGCAGGGUGGCAUUGACACACGUGUGCGUGGCAUCGAGGUGCUGGGUCCCAAGCCCACAUUCUGGCCCAUCUUCAAGGAGCAGCUGUGCUGGCGGACAUUCCUCUCCUGCACUGCUCGGGCUCAUGCCUGGUGCCAGGAGAUCUGCCGGGACCGUAGGCAACUGCUGCAGCUCUUUGGCAAGUUGAACCAGGCACUGCGGCACGAGCAGGACUUUGCUGACUGCUUCCUUCCUGACGAUGAGGUGGCCCAGGCCUUGGGCAGGACCUGCUGGGAGGCCCUGGUGAACCCCUUGGUGCAGAGCAUCACCAGCCCAGAUCCCCAUGGCAUCAGUCCCCUGGCCUGGCUGCUGAGCGAGUAUCUGGAGAGCAAAGGGACACCCCACCAUGUCACCAGCCAUGGUACUGCCUUUGGUUCUCGUGUGCGGCACCUGACCCAGCUCCUGGUGCACGUGGACCCCGGUGGCCCAGAGCCGGAGGAGGUGGGAGCAGCUGGUGGGAAGGAGGGGAAGGUGCUGGCCAGGGCUGCCAAGGUGGUGGCAGAGAAGUCAAACAGCCUGUGGAGCAUCUCGCAGUGCUGGCGUGGUGUGGUGCAGCAGCAGGUUCAGCGGUUCCUGGAGGCGGCAGGGCAGGCACCGGACCUUGUGGAGCAGUACUGCGCGCUGUACCGGCGUCUGCACAGCACCACGGAGGAGCUCUUUGGGCAGCAGGCCGCCUUCCUCCUGGCCCUGGGACAAGGCUUUGCAGGGGCUUUGCUGCAGCUCUCCUUCCUCACCAGCCUGCAUGUGAGUGAGCAGUUUGCCCGCUACCUGGACAGGCAGAUCCAGGAGCUCCAUGGGGCUGUGGGCAGCACGGAGCUGCUGCAGCAGAUCCUGGAGCCCUUCGUCAUCUUCAGUGGCCUGGAGCUUGCCCACACCUUUGAGCACUUCUACAGGCACUACUUGGGGGACCGUCUCCUGGCACAAGGGCCAUCUUGGCUGGAAGGAGCUGUCGUGGAGCAGAUUGGGCUGUGCUUCCCCAGCCGCUUCCCCCAAGAGAUGCUGAACAACCUGGCUGAGUCUGAGGAGCUCCAGCAGCAGUUUUGCCUCUUCCAGCUGCAGGAGCAGGACAAGCAGCUGCUCGAGCUGGACACAGAUCUGGAAGAGGUGAGCGCACCAGGUAUGGCCUCAGCAGCGGGUGUACCAGAGGUGAAGGUGCUGGUCCUGUCACCACACUGCUGGCCCAUUUCCCCAUUCUGCUACAUGGAUGAACCUGGGAGGUUCUUCUCAGCAGACCUGAGCUCCCCCCUGGAUGAGUUUGCUGACUUCUGCAGGCGCAGCCAGAGCCAGCUGGGCUGGGUGUGCAGGAAGCCCCGGCAGCUGCAGUGGACGUGGCUGGGCCAUGCUGAACUGCAGUUUGGAAACUGCAUCCUCCAUGUGUCUACACUGCAGAUGUACAUCUUGCUGUGCUUCAACAGUGCUGAGGAGGUGUCUGUGGAGGCCUUGCUGCAGGCUACAGGGCUCCCUGCUGACCUGGUGCACCAUGCCCUGACACCGCUGACCCACAGCGAAGGUGUCCUGGUACAGAGCUGCAUGCCAGGAGCUCCAGAUGUGCUGCGGCUGAACCAGGCAGCCCUGGCCCAAGCCUCUGGCAGCCACCUGAGGCUGCUGCCCCGGCAGAGGUACCUUUGGGCAGAGAGGGCUGAGGUGAGUGCCCUGGAAAGGAAGAGGAACAUCCUCUGCUGCCUCAUCACACGCAUCCUCAAGGUGGAGAAGCAGCUCCACAUCGACAACCUGGUGUUCAGGGUGAUUGAGGCCUGUCAGAAGGGUGAUUCGGGGCCAGGGCUGCAGUUCCUGAGUUUCUGCUGCCACAGUGUGGAUGUGCUGUCCUGUGUCCUGCACCUGCUGAACCAGGGCUAUCUCCGGCGCCUGGAGGAGAGGCCUCAUGUCUUGGAAUACAUCUCUGCUGAACCCACAGCACCCUCUGCCUCUCAGGUCCACCCCCAGGUUGCCUUCCAGACUGUAGAGAUCAAGACAGCAGCAAGCCCGGCCUCUGCUGAAAGGAGACAGACUUUUUCCACUUUCAGGUAGGUCCACAAGGACCUCUCUAGGCCAGGAGGCCACAGGCUGGGGCCAGACUGUCUUUCCUGAGUAGUUGUAAGUUUUGUUAUAAAUAAAUGAGUCCCAGUUUGUAGUCUGUUGGUGGGCUCAGCUGACACACAGCCGGGAACAUGGUCCAGUCAUACCCCUGGUUGCUGUCCCCACACAGC